ACUGCAACCGACCCAGACAAAGACGCCGCCCAAGAAGCCCUCAGGUACUCCCUGCAUGGUCAGGGGGCAGAGAAUGAAUUUAUCAUCGAUGGGGUGACGGGCAAGAUCUAUGCCCAGAAGACUCUGAACCGGGAGGAGCGGGCCGUCUGGCGUUUCGUGGUGCUGGCAACAGACGAAGGCGGCGAGGGUCUGACCGGCUUCACGGACGUCAUUAUUAACGUGUGGGACAUCAAUGAUAAUGCGCCCAUCUUCACCUGCAUGCCAGAGAGCUGCCAUGGCCAUAUACCAGAAAACUCCCCUCCUGGAUCCUCCAUCAUGGAGAUGGGUGCCACUGACAUGGACGACAGUACCGUGGGACAGAACGCCAUACUGACCUACAGGAUCGUGGGAAACGUUCGAAAUAGCGCAAACAUGAACUUGUUUGACAUUAACGCAAACACUGGCACUCUCUUUGUGGCACAGGGCGGCCUUGAUCGAGAGAAGGUUGAUCAGUACCUGCUGGUGGUAGAGGCUAAAGACGGGGGAGGCAUGGUGAGCACAGCCACAGCUACCAUAUGGGUGACCGAUGUCAAUGACCACGCCCCCAGGUUCCUCGAGAGCUCCUGUGCUGCCCGGGUCUCUGAAAAUAGUGAGGUAAAUUCAGCAGUCCUGGAGGUGCUGGCCAUAGAUGAAGACACAGGGGAGAAUGCCCAACUGACGUUUAGCAUUGUAGGCGGGGACCCAGAACAAAGGUUCUACAUUGUUAGCCACCGGCAGGAGCAACGUGGGACACUAAGGCUAAAGAAAAAGUUGGACUAUGAAAAAUCAAAUGAGCAGAGGUUCAACCUUACCCUCAAGGUGGAGGACCUGGACUUCUACAGCCUAAUCCAUUGCAUUGUGGAUGUUGAUGAUCAUAAUGACCAUGCCCCUGUUUUUGUCCCCCAUUUCUAUUUGCUGGAACCAUUAGCUGAAGAUGUGCCUGUUGGCACCAGCAUUGUCAAGGUCACAGCCACAGACUCAGACUCUGGUCCAAACCAGGAGAUAAUCUAUAGCAUUCUGCCAGAUUCUGAUCCGUAUGAUCAGUUUUCAAUAGACCAGACUGGAAUUGUCACUGUUGUCCGGCCACUGGACAGAGAGACUGUGGAGCAACAUUUCUUAAUCAUCUUAGGAACAGACCAAGGAAAUCCACCCCAGACAGGCAGUGCCACAGUUCAGGCGGAUCUGCUAGAUGUCAAUGAUAAUGGCCCCGAGUUUGAAGUAGAGUACAUGCCAGUGGUGUGGGAGAAUACACACGGUCCCCAGGUUGUGCAGAUGAAUCAGACGUCAGUGCUGCUGCAUGUAGUAGAUAGAGACUCCUUUGAAAAUGGGCCACCAUUCUCCUUUUCGCUUCCCAUGGAGUACCGAGACAGCGGGGACUUCUUCCUACAAGACAAUGGCAACAAUACAGCCACAAUCACAGCGCUGCAUGUGUUUGACCGUGAGAAGCAGAAGGAGUUCUAUCUGCCCAUCAUAAUGAAGGACAGUGGCCGACCUUGUAAAACCGUUACCAGCACGCUCACCAUCGCCAUCGGAGACAAAAAUGAUCAUCCGCACCUGCCUGGAGAGAAGGAGAUCUACAUCCAUAGUAACAGAGGAAGGAUGCCAACCACAGUUUUGGGCAAAGUUUAUACCCUGGACCCGGAUGAUUGGGAUAACAAGACAUAUGCCUUUGAGGGACACAUCCCUGGUUUUUUCAUGCUGAACAAGAGGACGGGGUUUCUGAUGAUGAAGGACGGCGCCCCCACUGGCAGCUACCAAUUCAGGGUGCAUGUGUCAGACGGAGUUUGGCCAGACGUUGUGUCCGCUGUGAAUGUACACGUGAAGGACCUGUCGGAUGAGGCCGUCCACAACUCUGCCUCGCUGCGAUUGGCAG